UGUAGCUUUAAAGUCCAGACAUUCUGCCUUCGUCCUUUGGCCAUGGGGUGGCACUAACCUGGUGCUAAGACGCAUGCUGUCACCUCCGGCAUUUGGGCACCGUGGAUGGUGCCCCCACGACAUCCAUUCACCAUCCCUGGUCACGGCGGUGCCAUCGGUCUCCUUGCCACGUCGAGUCGAAGGUCGCACGCGGAGCUACACAGCCUCGCUUGUUAUUGGUUCUUUGGUGUCAUGCGUUACGGACCUUCAGCAGAAGAAACGGAAGAGGUCCAGAAGAUUCAUUCAGCUUAGAGCGACCAGUGCAGUCGAGGUUUUCGCACGUGCUUGGUAUCCCCUCGGUUUUACUGCGGUCACAGACCGCGGGAAGCCACACCACUUGCGUGUUUGCAAUGUGCCUGUGGUCUUUUGGCAUGACGGAGAUGCGUGGCGCGCUGCGAUUGAUGAAUGCCCACAUCGACGGGUCAGGCUGUCAGAGGGACGACUCGAAGGAUCAGAGUUGCAGUGCCCCUAUCAUGGCUGGACGUUCAAUGGUCAAGGCCAAUGCACAAGGAUCCCUCAAGCCGACGAAUCAUCGCAGAAAGCCCGACUAUCUCCACGUGCUUGCCUAUCCAUGUUGCCUACAGAGGAAAGGAACGGUCUUUUGUUCCUUUGGGCAGCGGGGCUAUACGGAGAUCCGGAACCACCAGAUCAUCAAGCGCUGGAUGAGCUGAUACACCAGGAGGACAUCUUCGCAAUACCUGGUGUGCAGUAUGUGGACUAUUCAAGAGAUUUGUUUAUGGACAUGCCCAUUCUUCUUGAGAAUGUGCUUGAUCCUGCACACCUGCCAUUCACACAUCAUGCCACAAUCAGCAGCAGGAAACAGGCUGCAGAAAUCCCUAUCCAGAUCACUUCCAGAGAUCCAGGAGGUUUUACAGGUCGCAGAGAUAAACCUCAGCUCCAAGCGUCUGGGGUGGUGUCCUACAAGGCUCCCAAUCACGUUUGGUCUUUGACAGAUCGCAAGGACUCAUAUCGUGACUGGAACAUCGUCUAUGCUGCCCCAAUUUGCCCUGGUCGUAGCCGGAUCUUUGUGCGUGUGGUCUUUGAAGUGCCGAAAGUCCCCAUGCCUUUGCGACAGAUCUUCCAAGUGGUAUUCUCUCCUUCCUUGCCGCCCUGGGUCACCCACUUGUUGAACCACAACGUCCUUGAAGAUGACAAUGUCUUUUUACACUACCAAGGUGAAACGAUGGCGCCUGAUGGCAAGCAGGAAAGCCGGCGAAAGUUCUGGCGAUGUUCAUUUGCAAGCAGUUUGAGGGAUUUCGACAUCAUGAAAGAUGAUAGAACAGAAGCUGACCAUCUAUCGAAGCCAUUGCCGGCUCGUGCGAGAACCGAUGCGAAGUGGCAAGAGCGCUUCUACACGCCUACCAGCUCAGAUGCUGCAGUACUCUGCUACCAUCGGUGGCUUCAAGAUGUGGGUGGAGGGGUGCAUUGGGCCCGGGAUCCCUCAACGUCAAUCAAGAGGAAGGGGAGAGAGGAGCUGCUUGAACGUCUUCACUCGCACACGGAUCAUUGUUGGAGCUGCUCAGAGGCAUUGGCCCUGUCACAAAUGCUUCAGAGCUGGGGUCGACCUUUGCUGCUUUUGGCACUUCUAACCACUGUGCUCUUGGACGAUUUUCAAUGGCCCUUGGCGAUGCUAUCCAUUGCUGUCGCUGCCGUUGUGGCCUGUGCUGCAGCCCUGGAGAAGCAGCUUACCGUAGGCGAAUAUCCACCACCUCGAAAUCGCUAAGUUGGAGCCGCGAAGGACCUUUGUUUGCGUGGCUGGAGGUGAAGAUGACACAACAGCUAUUGGCAAUUUCGCGCCUCCAAAGUUUCUUAGAUCACCUCAAAGCUAGGUGAGUCUGUUCUCGUAUUGAUGACAAUCUAUCAAAGGCGGCUCAAAGCCAAGCCGUCCACUGGAGCUUGUUGGCUGGUUGCCAAAAGAAUUUGUGGACAGACAGGUACUCGUCCUUUCGGGGGAGAGUAAUGAUAUGAAGAAAGAACAACAGCACGGAA